CUUUAAUGUUCACCCGAAAGCUUGAUCAUUGGACAUUAGCGAAAACAGCCCAAACUAUGAAGGUUAUCAGUUACCCCAAUGGUCAUUUAAGACCUUCAAGAAUUUUUCAUCCUAUCUGAGAGACCUGCGCCUCACACAGAGAAAUACCUCCUAUGACCAGAUGUAAAUAUGCCUAAGUCUACGGGGUCAUUCGAAGACCAGUCAGACCUGGAGGAGUUGCCCUUAUUCCGUCCGUUCACAAAAGAAUCCCUGGCAGGCAUUGAGGCGCGGAUUGCUGAAGAGGUAGCGCGGAAGAAAGAGCAGGCACAGAAGGAAGCAGAAGAUGCUGCAGCUGGGGGCGGUGGAGAGAAGGAAUCACAAGAAAGCGAAGAAAUUGAAACUAAACCUGAAAAAAAUCUUGAAGCUGGAAUGCCUCUUCCUAAACCUCUUGAAAGGGAAUUCCCGAUGGAGCUAGCAGCAACACCUCUUGAAGAUUUGGAUAAAUAUUAUCAAAAUAAAAGAACAUUUACUGUAAUUAGCAAAAGUAAAGACAUUUUUCGAUUUAGUGCUCAUAACGCUCUUUGGCUCCUCAGUCCUUUCAAUCCACUCCGUCGUUUAGCCAUCUAUAUUCUCGUCCACCCAGUAUUUAGCUUUAUCGUCAUAGUUACGAUCCUCGUCAACUGUGUUCUUAUGACCAUGCCUGGCAAUGAAAGCGUUGAACAGUCUGAGGUGAUUUUCACAACAAUUUACACAAUAGAAUCAAGUAUCAAGAUUUUAGCACGUGGUUUUAUACUAGACAAGUUCACAUAUCUUCGUGACCCAUGGAACUGGUUAGACUUCAUCGUUAUAUCUUUAGCAUAUAUAACGAUGGGAGUAAACCUUGGGAAUCUCAGUGCACUAAGAACGUUUCGAGUGCUUCGAGCCUUGAAAACGGUGGCUAUAGUUCCAGGUUUGAAAACCAUUGUAGGUGCUGUUAUAGAGUCUGUAAAAAACCUGAAAGAUGUGAUAAUUUUGACAGUGUUUGCACUGUCUGUCUUUGCCUUGCUGGGACUUCAGGUUUAUAUGGGUGUUCUGACUCAGAAGUGUGUCUUACAGUGGCCAAAAAACAUCUCACAUAUUCAGUAUGAAAAAUUUGUUUCAAAUAGUUCUCACUGGAACAAGAUAAAUGGAACUUAUCCAUUAUGUGGAAAUAGUACUGGGGCAAAAGUUUGUCCCUCAGGAUAUAAGUGCCUGCAGGGAUAUGGUGACAAUCCAAAUUAUGACUUUACUAGCUUUGACACAUUUCCUUGGGCACUUCUAUCAGCAUUCAGACUAAUGACUCAAGACGCCUGGGAAUCUCUUUAUCAGAUGGUGCUAAAAUCUGCUGGGCCAUGGCACAUGCUCUUUUUUGUCCUGAUUAUCUUCUUGGGCUCUUACUAUCUGGUCAACUUGAUCUUGGCUAUCGUAGCCAUGUCUUAUGAUGGCCUCCGAAAGGAAGCAGCAAGAGAAGAAGAAGAUGCAGCUGCAGAAGAGGCAGCAUAUGCUGCUCAACAGGCUAAAAAACUGGCUCAAGAGGAAGAAGUAGCAGGAAGAAGAGGUGAUAAUGUUGUGAACAGCCCAUCUGAAUUUUCAUGUCGAUCUUAUGAACUGUUUGUUGGCCAAGACAAAAUGAGUGAUGAGAAAGAAAGAAGAUCUAGUAUGAAAAGUUCUGUCAGUGAGAAUAUGUAUGAACUAAAUCCUUCAAUGAUUGGUAACAGUAGAAAGGAUGAAUCUUACAAAAGUGAAGACCAUAUAGAGAAACCCAAACAACCCGAUGAUGAUCCAGCACAGAAACAGACUAUGGUGGAUAUGAAAGAUGUAAUGGUACUGAAUGACAUCAUUGAGCAGGCUGCAGGAAGACAAAGCAAGCUGAGUGACCGAGUACAAGAAGAGGAAGAGAUUGUGAAAGUGAAGUUAAAAGAUCGAUGUUUAGCCCAAUGUUUCCGGUGUAUUGAUAUUUUUUGUGUGUGGGACUGUUGUUGGUGUUGGAUUCGUUUCCAACAGUUAAUCUCCUUGAUUGUGUUUGAUCCCUUCAUGGAACUCUUCAUAACCUUGUGCAUUGUUGUCAACACCCUCUUUAUGGCUAUGGAUCAUGAUGAUAUGGAUCCAGACUUUGAAAAUGUUUUAAAGAUGGGAAAUUACUUCUUUACUGCAACUUUUGCAAUAGAAGCUUGUAUGAAAUUGAUGGCUUUGAGCCCAAAGAAUUACUUUAAAGAAGGAUGGAAUAUCUUUGAUUUCAUAAUUGUGGCCCUGUCCUUGUUAGAACUGACCUUAUCUGGUGUUCAGGGGUUGUCAGUGCUACGGUCAUUUAGAUUGCUUCGAGUAUUCAAACUAGCCAAAUCAUGGCCCACCUUGAACUUAUUAAUAUCUAUCAUGGGAAAAACUGUUGGAGCAUUGGGAAACCUGACGUUUGUGUUGGGUAUCAUUAUCUUCAUAUUUGCUGUGAUGGGAAUGCAACUGUUUGGAAAGAACUACCAAGAAAACAAACAUUUGUUUCCUGAUGGGCAGGUGCCACGUUGGAACUUCCAAGACUUCAUGCAUUCUUUCAUGAUUGUAUUCAGAGUCCUGUGUGGAGAAUGGAUUGAGUCCAUGUGGGAUUGUAUGCUAGUGUCUGGAUGGUCAUGCAUUCCUUUCUUCUUAGCAACUGUAGUCAUUGGUAACCUAGUAGUACUGAACCUUUUCCUUGCCUUGUUGCUUUCUUCUUUUGGAGCAUCAAACCUGUCAGCACCAUCAUCAGAGAGUCGUGACACUCAGGGGCUACAAGAAGCUUUUAAUCGAUUUUCUAGAGCAUCUGCAUGGCUAAAAUCUAAUGUUCUCAAACUUCUCAAGAGCAUAAAACCUAAAGCGAGAAACCAAAUUGGAGACCAGACCCCAGAUCAUCGGGAUGAGGUGGAAGACCAUCCUCCAGUUGGAGACAUGAUGAUUGAUGGAAACUUUCCAAUGAAGAAAAAGAAAACCCCUAAGGAACACACAGAGCUAGAUGUGAUGGUUACAGAAGGAAUGGAGAUUGCUAUUCGAGGUUUUGGAGAUGGCAAAGCUGUAACUGUGAAACUUAACAACAACUCAAUGAAGAAUUCUCUUCAUGCAUCUACUGUAAUCGAAUCAAAGGACAUAAUUUCAAAUCGAGAGUUAGAAAAUAAAACAAAGGAGAAGGAACAUCUGGGUGUUAAGGUGUACCCCCAGAAAGAUGAUGAUACUUUAAGCAUAAAUUCAACUGAAAGCCAGAAGGACUGGAAAGACAAAUCAAACAAUAAUGAGCAAAGCAAGUCUUCUUUGUAUGAAGAAAAAAAAGAUGUCAGUAAAGAAGAUUUUGAAGGAAAUGAAGUAGACUUUUCACAGAGCACAGACACAGAAGUAAUAGAUUCUAGGAAUAUAGAAUCGACAACAGAAGAUGUGGUUUUAGACGAAGAACCCAUGGACUGCUGCCCUGACUGUUGCUAUGUGCGAUUUCCCUGGUGUGCAGGCAAAGAAGAUUCCCCAUACUGGAAAUUUUGGGAGAAACUUCGAUCAAAAUGUUUUCAUGUGGUGGAAAACAAGUACUUUGAAACGUUGGUAGUCACCCUAAUUAUGAUCAGUAGUCUAACAUUGGCUCUUGAGGAUGUCCAUCUCAAACACCGGCCCUUACUGAAAGAGAUACUUGUCGUUGUAGACAAAUUUUUCACAGUCAUUUUCUUUCUAGAGAUGAUGAUAAAAUGGUUAGCUUUUGGCUUCAAAAAAUACUUCACAAAUGCUUGGUGUUGGUUGGACUUUGUCAUUGUUUUGGUCUCCUUGUUUAAUCUGGCUGUUGGGUUAAUGGGAUUUGGCAACAUUCCUGCUUUUAAAACAAUGCGAACCCUACGAGCCCUCCGCCCCCUUCGUGCCUUGUCUCGUAUGGAGGGUAUGAGAGUGGUGGUGAAUGCACUUAUCCAAGCUAUCCCAGCAAUCUUCAAUGUUUUGUUAGUUUGCCUUAUUUUUUGGCUAAUUUUUGCCAUAAUGGGAGUCCAGAUGUUUGCUGGAAAGUACUAUCGGUGUAUCAACCAUGAUGGGAAACGUUUAAAUGCCUCUUUUGUGCCAAACAAACAAGCUUGCGAAGCCAAAAACAUGAUUUGGGACAACCCCUUGAUCAACUUUGAUAAUGUAUUGAAUGGAUACUUGGCACUGUUUCAAGUGGCAACAUUUAAAGGUUGGAUUGCAAUUAUGAAUAGUGCAAUUGAUUCAAAGCUUCUAGGAGAACAACCAGAAGAUGAAGUCAACAUCUACAUGUACUUGUAUUUUGUCUUUUUCAUCAUCUUUGGUUCCUUCUUCACUUUAAAUCUCUUCAUUGGUGUCAUUAUCGAUAACUUCAAUGAGCAGAAAAAAAAGGCUGGUGGCUCUUUAGAAAUGUUCAUGACAGAAGAUCAGAAAAAGUACUACAAUGCUAUGAAGAAAAUGGGAUCUAAAAAACCCAUGAAGGCUAUUCCUCGACCUCGGCUAAAGCUACAAGCUUUUAUCUUUGACUUGACAACAAACACAAAAUUUGACAUGGCCAUCAUGUUGUUUAUUAUGCUGAACAUGAUAGUGAUGGGCAUGGAGCACUACAAACAGACACCGAUCUUUGAGCUGGUUCUUGAACGUCUGAACAUCUUCUUUAUUGCUGUCUUUACAGCCGAGUGUGUGCUGAAAAUAUUUGCUCUGCGAUGGCAUUACUUUAAAGAACCAUGGAACGUCUUUGAUUUUGUUGUUGUUACUCUUUCUAUUCUAGGGGUGGCUCUUAAAGACCUCAUUGCCCAGUACUUUGUUUCUCCAACUUUAUUGCGUGUUGUUCGUGUGGUAAAAGUAGGUCGAGUGCUGAGGUUAGUAAAAGGAGCCCGAGGAAUAAGAACUCUACUUUUUGCACUGGCUAUGUCCUUGCCUGCACUAUUCAAUAUUUGCCUUCUUUUAUUCUUGGUCAUGUUUAUCUAUGCUAUAUUUGGAAUGUCAUUCUUCAUGAACGUCAAACAUCGCGAUGGAGUUGACGAUAACUUCAACUUUGAAACAUUUGGACAGUCCAUGAUUAUUCUAUUCCAGAUCUCCACAUCUGCUGGCUGGGAUGGAAUUCUUUCAGCCCUUAUUGAUGAGACGGAUUGUAAUCCUGGGACAGAUGGCACUGAUGGAGACUGUGGAAAUAGAGGAAUUGGUGUUGCUUACCUGAUUUCCUAUUUGAUAAUUAGCUUUUUGAUCAUCAUUAAUAUGUACAUAGCUGUCAUAUUGGAGAAUUAUAGUCAAGCCACAGAAGAUGUGGAAGAAGGCUUAACCAAUGACGACUAUGAUAUGUAUUAUGAAAUUUGGCAAAGGUUUGACCCUGAUGGAACCCAACUCAUCAAAUAUGAAGCGUUAUCUGACUUUGUAGAUUCCCUUGAGCAUCCGUUACAGAUUAAAAAACCUAAUAAGUACAAACUCAUUGCCAUGGAUAUCCCAAUAUGUGAAGGAGAUACAAUUUACUGUGUUGAUAUUUUGGAUGCUCUUACAAAGAACUUCUUUGCCUCCAAAGGUCGUGUAAUUGAAGAGACGGCUGAGCUAGCUGAAGCCGUACCUGCAAAAGAACAAAGAGAAUUUGAAGCAAUCAGUAGCACCCUCUGGCGGCAGAGAGAAGAAUAUUGUGCACGUGUAAUCCAGCAAGCUUGGCAACAGUGUAAAGUGGCAUUUCAAAACAAAUCAUCACAGAAGACCACAACUGCUAUUGUAAGUAAUGGUCAAAUCACUAAGAAUGGCCACAAAGUCAUGAUUCGUUCUAGGUCACCCAGUAUAACCAAUCAAUCAACAGAUGUGUAAAGUUUCUGUGGGAAAGUACUAAAUGAAAAUAUAGACUUUAAGCCAUUCUGUUAGAAGAAGAGGAUGUCCAUCAAUAAGUUAAUCGGGUUAUAUUUUUAUAUUCCUUAUGUACAAGCUGCAUUCUUUCAGUGCCGGUGCUUGGUUGAUGUAGAGUAAACAGGACGUUGUUAUUAUUAUUUUUCUACAGAAAUAGGUUGAUGAUACAGUCAAUAUACACUGUUCAUAUGCAAAAAGUUGACAGAAGAAUUUGUUUUUGUAUAAAGGUAUUUGGUUUAAAGUGUUUGACAUUGAAACA